CGCCGCCCCAUCGCACCUUAAAGGAGCCGGUGCGCUGGAACAGCUCGCACUUGAAGAGCAGCCUGCGGCCGGCCAGCUGCUGCAGGGCCCCGCAGCUCAAUAUGGGCGUGCGGUACACGCGGCCCCGCAGCCGCCCCAUUGCAGCCCGUACAUCCGACACCCGCACCGACCCCAUGGCCGCGCCGCUCCUCGUGCGCAUGCGCGCGAUCAGCCACCGGGUUGCGCUGGAGGAAGUUUGUCCCCUCGCGGCUGCCGUCCCCUCCCCGGCGCGAGGCAAGAUGGCGGACGGGCUGGAGCGAGUCCGCGUCUCGGCCGCGGAGCUGAGAGACAUGGUGGCUGCUCAGGCCCGAGCCGGGGCUGCAGGAGGAGCGGAAAACAUGAAGGAGGUGAAGGAGCCACGGCAUCGCAAAGACAACAGGCGCCCAGAUCUGGAGAUUUACAAGCCUGGCCUCUCCCGACUGAGGAGCAAACUUGUGCCACCAAAGCACGAGGCUUCUGAGAAGGAGAGGAGCGGAGCUGAGGAAGGCAAGGGGGAGAGCGGCCCUUCAGGAGGAGGAUCCCUCAGGAGAAGGGCCUCCAGUCACGGAGAACUUCAGCAUGGUGAUGGCCACAACCAGAAUGGUCCUUCACUGGGAAAUGAAGAGGAAGAGACUAAAGGUGGUCUUCAGAGCCAGGAGAACUCGUGCACUCCGCUUGCAGUGGAUGAGUGUUCUGCCAAGACCACGAGGAGAACCAAGAAACCAGACCAGCAGAUUUAUCAGCCAGGGAAGCGCCUGCAUUUGGUUCCUAAAGAACUCACCCCACGGUUGGCUACUGAGGAAAUCACUUCUAAAGUGGAACAGCUGAGAGUUGAAGGAGGUGAAGAGACUGAGAAAGGUACUGCAGAAGAUAACAAUAGGAAAACCAAGUCAAACAAAGAGGACAGAGAGGGAAACCAGGCAGGUGAUGGAGUAAAAGCCUCUAGAGCGGAUAAAGGAAGACGGCCGGAGCGGAGUGACAGGGUGAGGAGGGCACACGAUGCAGUGGUGCAGGGGAAGCUGGGUGCUACAAAGCGGUACUCACGCUCUGACAAGCGGAGGAGCCGAUACCGCACGUGCAGCACGAGCUCAGCUGGGAGCAACAACAGUGUAGAUGGGGCCCCGCUGGUGGAUGGGAUGGAGAGACGGCAGGAGCAUGCUAGAAUACGUCCUAGGAAGCAGCUCUCUGCAUCCUCCACUGACUCCUUGGAUGAUGACAGAAUUGAUGAGGCAGAAGCAUAUGUCUCCAACAGGAUUUCAGACAGGAAAAAGCAUUUGGAGCAGAGUCGAGCUUCUAGGAGUGAGAGUGAGUGGAGCAGCAAUGGUAGAGAAGUCAAGGGACACUUCCGAGUCACUUUUGACAGCAAGACUAUGAACAGGGAUGUCAUUCUAGCAGACGCAGAUAAAAAAAAGCCCCUGAAGGCAUUUUCUAGUUGCAAUGACUCAGAGACUUUGGAGGUGAGGAGCCAGAGCAGAGAGCCCCAGGGGAGGGGCCGUGGGAUUUUGUUCCUGCCUGCCAACACAGACCUCUCUGCCAGUGCUGUGGGCUCCCCUGAACCCAGUCACCCUGGGCCCCGGCUGCUGCUUGGUGGUGCUGGCAAUAAGGGCUCCCGUAGCCGGGGUCGAGGUGGCACCGCUCGCAGGUUGUGGGACCCCAACAACCCGGACCAGAAACCCGCCCUGAAGAGUCAAGCCCCACAGCUUCACUUCCUAGACACGGACGAUGAAGUGAGUCCCACCUCCUGGGGGGAAGCCCGCCAGGCCCAGACAUCCUAUUAUAAGUUCCAAAACUCUGACAACCCCUACUAUUACCCUCGGGCUGCAGGUCAAGGUCCGCAGUAUCCUUACGGUGGGUACUCCCUGCAGUAUCCAAUGGGUCCAAGCAAUGGUGUGUACCCAGGAGCCUUUUACCCCGGGUAUCCUGGCCAGGCAGGGCAAUACAUGUGUGGCCCACUCACCCCAGCUCCUCUGAGUCCUGAGAUGGAGCAGCAGAUGCGAAACAUGCAGCAGCAGGAGCUCAGCAAACUCCUCCGUGAGGCUGGGAACCAGGAGCAGCAGCUCAGCAAUCUGCUUUCCAGAGACCGCAUCAGUCCGGAGGGGCUGGAGAAGAUGGCCCAGCUGAGGGUGGAGAUGCUGCAGCUGUACGAGCGGUGUAUUUUGAUGGAUAUCGAGUUCUCUGACACCCAGAAUGUGGACCAGCUGCUGUGGAAGAACGCCUUCUACCAAGUGAUUGAGAAAUUCCGGCAGCUCCUCAAGGAUCCUCUGGGGGAAAAUGCCCAAGAAAUUCGGAACAAACUUCUCCAACUUCUAGAUGAGGGCACUUCCUUUUUUGAUGGCCUACUCCAGAAGCUGCAGGUGUCGUACCAGUUCAAGCUGGAGGACUAUAUGGAUGGGAUGGCCAUCCGCUGUAAGCCUCUACGGAAAAUGGUGAAGUAUGCACUUAUCAGUGCCCAGAGGUGUAUGAUUUGUCAAGGGGACAUUUGUCGAUACAGAGAACAAGCAAAUGACACUGCAAACUAUGGAAAGGCACGCAGCUGGUACCUGAAGGCUCAACAAAUUGCUCCCAAAAACGGCCGCCCGUACAACCAGCUGGCACUCCUGGCCAUCUACACGAGGAGAAAGCUGGAUGCCGUCUACUACUACAUGCGCAGUCUGGCAGCCAGUAACCCCAUCCUCACAGCCAAGGAGAGCCUCAUGAGUCUGUUUGAAGAGACAAAACGCAAGGCAGAGCAGAUGGAGCAGAAGAAACACCAGGUGCUGGAGCUGAGCCCCAGCCAUCGAGGGAAGGGCAAGAAGUCCACGAUGCGACAGGUUGGAGAUGAUGCCACACGGCUGGAGAUCUGGAUCCAUCCUUCCCACCCCCGUUCCUCUCAGGGCCACGAAUCCGGCAGAGAUUCUGAGCAGGACAAUGGUCUUGGGAACCUCAGCCCCAGCGAUCUGAACAAAAGGUUCAUCCUCAGUUUUCUCCAUGCCCAUGGGAAGCUGUUUACCAGGAUUGGGAUGGAGACGUUCCCUGCGGUGGCCGAGGAGGUCCUGAGGGAGUUCCAGGUCCUGCUGCAGCACAGCCCCCCUCCCAUCGGAAGCGCCCGCAUGCUCCAGCUCGUGGCUAUCAACAUGUUUGCAGUGUACAACUCCCAGCCCAAAGAGUGCAUCUCUGAGGACUGCCGCUCGGUCAUCCAGGAACAAGCCACGGCCCUGGGGCUCUCCAUGUUUGCACUCCUGGUGAGGAGGUGCACCAAUCUGCUGAGAGAAUGCGUGCAAGUUCAGCCACAAGAGGAGGAGCAGGAGGAUGAGGAGGAUGACAUCAAGGUCUCUGCCUUGCCCCAGGACCUGAAGGAGCUGCUCCCCAGUGUGAAGGUCUGGUCGGACUGGAUGCUUGGCCACCCGGACACCUGGAAUCCUCCACCAACCUCUCUCGAGCUCCCCAAACAGGUCUCAGUAGAUGUGUGGGCGACGCUGGCUGACUUCUGUAACAUACUGACCGCAGUGAAUCAGUCGGAGGUGCCCUUGUACAAGGACCCAGAUGACGACCUUGCCCUGCUUAGCCUGGAAGAAGAUCGGCUGCUCUCGGGCUUCGUUCCCCUGCUGGUCGCCCCCCAGGAGCCCUGCUACGUGGAGAGGACCUCGGACAAGGCUUUUGGCUGGUGAAUAAGAUUGAGGAGAAAUACUCCUUCCCCUGAUAACAAUACAGUGAGACGCAGGAUCAGCAGUGUGUGGAUUAAAACCAGACGGUGCAUGAUUAAUACGUAUGCUUAUAGGGCUAGUCACUGUGGUUCCCUCCUCUGAAACAGCGAGGCACUUUUCUUUCCCCCUCAUGUGCAUGCUCAUGUGUGCAGUGGACUGUCUCAGAUACUCACCACUCAGCUCGUCUGAGCCCUGCCUCAUCUCUCCAGGCAAACUAAAGCCCUGAGCUGGGAGGCUCUGAGAAAUUAUGAGCAAUAUUCUGUAUUGUGCUGUGCCAGCCCUGGAAAUCAGGUCCUGCACGGCUCCUCUGAGCUCUGCACGCUCGGUGUGGUUCUUGUUUCACGAGCUCUUGCUUCCUGCUGUUUGCACCACUCACCUGUCCAUGCAGGGUGCCUCUUCACAGCACACAGAUCUCCUUCCUCUGCAUUCUCCAUCUGAAGGAUGCAUCACGUUCUAUACCUUCUCUAUUAGUUUCCCCAUCAAGCUCUAGAUUUGGUGACCUACUAGGUUGUGGGUGAGCUAUUUUGGAUCCUUUAAUUAUAGGCUCGGGUUAAAAUUAGUCCCUUCUUGUUACUCACUUAACGUAUUUACAGCAUUUCAGUCUUCUAGAGGCUUUUAAGAUCUCUCUUGGCAAUGUGUAGUAGUGUGUGUGAUGCUUCUUGGAUAGGGAGCAUUGGGUUUAAAGGUCCAGAAGGAACAGUGAUCAGAGUGGCUGGGCUCUGCCAUGCCUCCACAAACCCAAGGUUUUAUCCUUUCCAAGGCUGGAUGCCACAUCAGAGCAGUGGCCCUGCAGUGAUUUGGGGAGGACAUCUUGCAAGGCAGGGGGAAAGGUAGUGAGAGCAGGAGUUAGAGAGCACAGACUUUUCAUAAGCACAGAGAAAACCCCAGUGAGGGAAUGUAACUGUUUUCUCAGCAUCCUUUCCAUAUUCCCAUUCCAUAACCUUUGAGCUUCUCCCCUCCAGCUGGCAGGAGAAUGCUUUCAGCCCAUGAGAGUGAGAGCUUCCAGCUCAGAGCUUGGUCCAGAGAGGAAAAGGGAAACUGUGAGCAGAGACCGGAGCCCCAAGCGGGAGAGUCCAAGGAGGAGUCAUCCUUGAAAAACUCCUUCCAUUCCUGUCUGCCUUUCCAAACAGGCAUCUCUACCACCAACAGUGGGCAAUGGGCAGGAGCUGCUGGGGUCAGAGAUGGGCUCCAUCCCAACCUCAACCUUCCCUGCUGCGUGCUGUCCUGAGGACUGCUGCUGCUCUCUUGGAGGCUGUGCAGGGCACGUUGUGGUCACUCAGCCUUUGGGCUUGGCUGGCAGUCGCUACUAAGGGAAGUAAAAGGUUUUGAGCUUAUUUUUAAAGCUGUCUUUCUGCAGCUGAAGGUGAAGGGAACUCAUUGCAAACAAGCACUCGUACAGCGUGAGGACACUGAAUACAGCCCUGGAGAAAUCUGCAAUGUGGAAUAAUAGUUCAGUCUCUUAAAGGAGGAGGAUGGAGGGGGGGGGGUUAAAAAAAAAAAAGCUGCAAUAAAUCUAGUGAGUGGAAUCUGAGGGAAAUGAUCCCAUCUGGAAAACUCCAGCGCUGGUGCUGCUGAAGGCUUAAGGAGCGAUGCAGAUCGCAAAAAGCAAACCCCGCAGUCUGAGGAUGACAGCCUCCUUAAUUGAUGUCCAUUGCAACUGGUACUCUGCCAGUUUACGUUGGCCCCAUUCCAGCGUGCUGUAAUUUUGGGGCCAGGUGUGAAGCGUUUUCUGUUCCAUCUUGUUCCCAAGCACCUACAGAAGCCUCACACAUCUCACUCGAGGCUGCAGCCCUGUAGGAAACAGCUGUACAGGUAUAGGUGAAAGGAAAUGUCACAGCUGGGCUCACACUACUCCCCUGUGCUGUGCCUGGGGCUGCGCUGGGGAGGGCGAGCGGGGAGGUGGCCGCUGUCACCCGCACACCUGCCUGUCUGUCAGCAAGUUGCUUUGAACACCCUGAGCUGCUGGGAGGGAUGAGGGGGUCCGAAGCUCCUGCUUAAAGAGGAGCACGGGGUGUGUGUGUCAGAUCUGGAAGUGGGGGUGCGGGGGGAGAGCCCCGGGGGGGGCUGCCAGGAGGUGGCACAUCCGUGUGACUGCUCCUAUAGGAUCGUGUGCUGACAGCACUGAGGCUCUUUCCAGAGGCUGAGUGGCACAGUUUGAGAGCCCAUAGUCUGUGCUUUCUAUCUGGUGGCAAAUUGUUCUCUUUGGAGAUGGGGAGAGCAGGAGCCAGUGUCUAAUCUGUGACUUUGAUCAGUGCAGGUUUUCUUUGUCCAGGUUGAGCCUAUUGUUAAGCCCAAGCAAUCUUCCCCGCCAGGACUGCCCUCCUGUUAACCCUGACAUUUUAAGACCUCUGUUGACCAGAUAUGAAUCCACACCAUAUCCUGCACGCCGCGGUCUCUGAGGCUCCUCUCCUCCUCCUGUCCCAGCCAUGUGCAGUGCUGGGACCCCGACCUGUGAUCCAGGGCCAAGGGCAGACGCUGCCAGCCCUGCUGCUCAGGGAUGGGGCUCUUUGGCCAUCGUGUCACCUCGGGGGGAGUCACACAGUUGGGUGUGAGCCAUGCACGCGUACCAACAUGUGUGCGGUCCCUCCGCCAGCACUGCUCCCUUUGGCUGUGGUGUCAGCAGAAGGCUUUUUUCAAGUGUUUUCUGGAAGUGUGAUGCGAUCUUCAGCUCAAGGCGCAGACUGACAGAAUAAAUCAGCCUUGUCCCAUGCCUGCCUUCAGUCUGUGCUGGAGCUUUCUGUGCAGAUCAGAUGACGCUGGUUGUUGAACAUCCUUGGCUUUCGUCGUCCUCAGGCCAGGUUUAUGUAAUGAGAUGGAAAACUUGUGUUCAGUCCUUUAUCCUCAGAGCUGCCUCUGGAGGUUUGGUGUGAGCUCCUGGGACACGGGAAAUGUCCUGUUGAUGAAACUGGCUGAGGAUGUGCUCCCAAAGCCAGCAUCAGUCGGUGGAGUGAGCCCAGAGAAGAGUGAGAAUGGGAAGAGCUGUGUUUGCUUUGGGUCCUUUAGCAGGUAACGGCAUCACUUCAGCCACACGGGCACCCAUGUGGCAUAAAACCAUGGCUAGAAAGGGCAUCAGGCUCAGCAAUGCAUGGCCCCAGCCAUGAAAAAGGUAUCCACCGUGGCUGCAGUGUAUUCAGAAUGACAUAUUAGAAUUCAGACCUCUUGGAAUUUGCUGAUUAGUCUGUAAGUAUAUUGAAAGGCCUCAUUAAAGUGCCAUUAAUGCUGGAUCUCCUCCCAAUGAGCCAUCUCUUAUUGCUGCCCAGAGAAACCUGGAGGAAAUGGAGAGGCUGCUACGGCUGGCCAAGCCAUUCCCUGGGCAUGGAGCGUGGCUGCAGCUCAGGCGCUCUGUUGCGGUGCUGUAAGACUUAACAUCGUGCUUCUGCUCUUGCAGGAGGGCCUGGCUCUCUGGCUCUCUGGCUACCUCUGCCUUGUGCUUUGCUAGGACACUGGAAAAGCUAUGGGUGCCCCAUCCUUGGAGGUGUCCUGGGCAGGCUGGGCUGGGUGACAGCCAUCCCACAGCUGGGGUUGGAAUUGGAUCAUCUCUAAGGUCCCUUCCAACCCAACUGUUCCAUAAUUCUGUGAGCUGCUGCUCAGCUCUCAGUCACCCAGCUCAGCCCUCAGCCCAUUGUAGCUUCGUGGCACUGUCUCUGUUUUGUCUUUGACC